UUAACCCCCCCUCCAAGCUCUUAACCCGCACACGGGCGGCACGACUUCACGUUGUGGGCCCGGAGCUCGCGAUCUAUCGAAGUGUCACGGGGUGCGACGAGCCGCGACGAGCGAAUUAUUAGCGACAUGUGCGAAUUAUUAGCGCGUGAAUGCCGAAAGCAAACAUGUGUCUUUUAUGUAUUCUUUUUUAGGGUUCUGCAUUACAACUCCGGCCAGGACUUGAUGAGAACUGUGCUUUAGACUGAUCUUGCGACGAGUCCGCAGCUCCUCAAUUGAGGCGUCAUAAAAAGAUGGCAGUCUUGGUUGACUGUAUCGUCACCGUGAAUGAGGUAUGCCUCUCUCCCCAAAUGGACAUUCUUGCGCUCCUUACACUGGACGGUACCUUAAUGGUCAACCGCACGACAUCCUGGCAGUGCCUUUUAGCACCCACGGAUGCUGUUGCUGCAGGAGCAAUCAGUGCUUUGUGCUGGUCUCCUGAUGGUCGGCAGCUGGCAUUGGGACAUCGCCGGGGCGGGCUGUCCAUCCUUGAUGUAGAGGCGGGGGCGUUAGUAUCCCGCACAUGCUACAGUGACCAUAUGGUUCACAACAGUUGCAUCUCGCUCAUGUUUUGGGCGCGACAAGUCACUGCUAAAGGCACAGGUGUUCCUGUUGGCGUCUGUGUCACUUACUGUACAUAUCAGUUGACUUGUGGCAUUCCAAUAGGUGGGCUAUCGAGGCCACGUCGAACAGCACCUAACUGCAGCAAGGCACCCAUACUUCAGCGCCCGCGACUGCGAGUCAGAUGGCCCAAUUCCACUCACUCUACUUGUCACCGGCGAUGAUGCGGGGGCUAUCAUUUUAUCUAUAAAUGGGCUUUUUCCUAUAGUGCGAAUGCAAUUAUCCGGCCCUGCCGCUGUUGCUGUUACUUGCUGCACAUCGGGGGACCUUCGAACCCUCUAUAUGUGGGUGCAGACUGUGGAUGGCCCAAAGCUUGAAUCUUAUGAGUUGGGAUUCCUCGCCACAGAUCAGACUGAGGUAUUCGUUUAUGGCAUAGCCAAAUCAUUCUUUAAACCAGGUUUUGCCAUUGAUUGAAACUUAUUUGAAGGCUUGUGUGCUUCUCCAAACAGCAGAAAAGGCUCGUGAAACAGCCUCGAAGGCAUGGGACGAUGCUCUCUUACCUCUGGACCGCAAGCUUGCUCUGUAUACUAGCGAUCUCAGACAAUGGUCUGCAGGUAAAACAGGGCCAUGUCCAUCAGCAAGAGCCGAAUUCCUUGCCUUGGUAAAAAGUUACUAGCUAUGCGCCCUUCAGCAUGUUUAUUUUAGGUCAGGCGUGGUGUGGCUGGAUCAGCGACUGCACACUUUCUUGAAGACAUUUUAGUAGAGCCAUCACUCAGUCGGAUGCACAAUGCUGUGGAGACAGCUGCAAAUUCAGUGGAAUCCAUUUUGAGCAACAGACUACUGGCCUCAUCGCGACUAUUGUGUCACUAUGCUGGAGAACUCGUCGCCUCUUGUCGCCUUGGUUAUGCUGGGUUCGAACCCAAUCAAGUCGGCCUUAACUUGGGGUUGUGUCGAAAGUUGCUGUCAACCGCCGAGGGCUUGGUGCUCGCUACUCAGGAUGUUGUCUCUAGCAUUCGGAGGGCGCACUUGGCCCUUUCUGGGCUGUUCCGAUGGUUCAAGAUUAUUCACACGAUGGGUACAACCAUGAAGAAGACCUUUCACGCAAGUGAGAGGGCUGAUAUUGUCAAGCUACAACUGAAAUUCCAGGAUCAACAAGAUAUGGCAACUCUUCUUGAAACCAGACCUGUGGAUGAUCUCGGCAUAUUGUCGAAAACAGAAGAGCUCCUGGGAUGCAGUCUAAAAGAUUCUCUUAAUAACUCUGUAACAAAACAAGUAGGGGAAUCUGGGGACACUAUUUGCAGAUCACCUGACUAUUCCGACCCAAAAGACGUUGCUACUGCAAUUCGAGCCGUCCUUGAAACAGAAAGGUUGGAAGAGGCGAAUUUGUCUGGUGUAGAUUCACCGCCCUCCGGAACACUUCCUUUUUUAAAUUCGACUAGUUCCCAUGCUGUGGAUGUGAGCGAUGAUGACAGCUCUGUUGUCAUCCACAAGUGGCUUGGGGCUGUGAGCUUCCAGAGUGUGAAGAUCCAUUUUUACUAUGUUAUUGUUAUUUUAUAUUGCAGGUUGGUGUGGCCAUGGAUAAGGUCUUUGAAGAGACACGGUCCCGUCUAGCAACAACGGUGAGAGCUAUUUCAUCCACCGAGUUCCCAGCAGAAGUGCUCAAUGAUGGACGCCACCAACGUCGAUGCAGCUUUACUGCCCACAUUCCUGAUAUUUGUGACAAGUCAAUGGCGACAGCGGCUGACCAUGAUAGUCUAGAGGGCGUGUCUGCACUAAUUCAGGCAAAUUCCCGAACACUAUGGUUACUGAAAUCGAAGCAUCACGAUAGCAUCCGAUUUUGGGUUGGCCUUAGAACUUCCAACGACAUAAGUAUUGUGCAGGCGCAAUUCUAUGCUAGUGAGCAGGGGAAUUUUUCCAAGAACGCUCAUCGAAUUGCAGUGCUCACAAGACGGCGUGAACAUGUGGAUGAGAUUUGGCUCAUUGACGGAAAAUCUAUGCUUGACCAGUAUGGCGCACAACAAAGCAGUUUUCAGUCAAAGGCACUGUGUCUGGUAAAAAAUGUUGCAAACUGGUCCUAUGCCCUUCACCAUUCAGCUCCAAUCAGAUGCUUGCAAUCAAAUGAUAUUAGAAAGUUUAGUCUUUUCAGGCCACGCUCGUGCCAUUUUUGUGUUUCUGGAUGCCGGGGCGUUGCCUGCGUCCUCGCAGAUCCGAGCUUCCUUACCCUUUAUGACCUCGAGGAUCAACAAUCAGAUAGCGCAGAAAACUAAUCCGGUGAUGUGAGGAUGGUGUUACAAAGGUGUAGUGCCAGUGUAAGAACUGGCAAGUAGGGACUCGGCUACUUGCAGGGCCGCGGCGCAUCUUAGUUCGCUGGUGCAAUUAUCAAGGCACAACGGCGAUGGUUAGGCCAUGGUCUGGCGCCGGGGCGUGAUCAAAGAUUUUCUCUGGUCCGGCAACACAACAGGACUUUCUGUUGCAGUCUAAGGUAGGUGCAUGUGAGUGAGGGGGGUUCCGAGGGUCCGGCUUGACUUCACUUGCGGUCUCUGCGAAUGACGCAAAUUCGAAGGGUAGUACGAACCCUCGGAAUUAAAGCGGCUAAGACAGUCCGCCCGAGUGCCACCACCCUGGGCCUUAAGAAUGAUACACUAUCUAGUUUCGUGAACGGCCCAGGCCCAAGUCCAGGC